AUGUUGGCUGAGCCGGACCGCAGCCCCGGCCCCGACAACCUCAACCUCAAGGUGCAACAGCUGGAAGCAACCCUUGUUGACCUCCGCCGGGACGUUGUGGGAUGUGUUGAUUCGCAGGAGCAGGUGGAGAAGCUCCUUCAGUCCCUGCAAAGGGAUUGCACGGAAGUCCAAGAGAAGGUGCGUCUGCAGAUGGUAGCCAGCGAGGAGCAGCGCUCACUACACCAGGUCAUCUCCCAGAGUGCUGGAGAUCUUGGCCGCGGCAUUGAGGAGGUGUCUGCGGCGAUGAUGCAGGCCGAGACGAACAUGCGGCAGGCCGAGGUCUUUGAGGAUGGGAGCCUGCCUGUUUUAGCUGAGGUGCCUGCACCUUUGGACCCAAACUUUGCGCCGCUGAUCUUGGGCAAGCGAAACUACCUGAAGGCAGUCGCUGCCAGCGGAAGCAAAGCCACAUUAGACUGGGCACUUCCCAGGGCAGAUGGCUGUGCGCGUUACACGCUGCCGGUCUUCCCAGAUGACAGUGCAGAGGUCGAAGCCUCCAUUUACCUUGCAGGGGUCCUCAUCCAAGAGCAGAUUUGGCAGCGAAGCGCGAAAUCACUGCUGCUGUGCGGACCAGCGAAGAUAUGCGAGGCACUGAAGAAGGAGUAUUCCAUGGGCGGCACUUACGAAUUCGAAGUCAAGUCGAUGCCCAACGUGUGUGGGACUCCCGAUGUUGCGUUCUCCGUGGCGGUUGUCGCCAGCGCCGCCGAACUUCCCGCAGCAAGCGACACGCCGCAGGUCUGUGGGAAGGAUGCCAGCGGCUGCCGGUUAGCCUUUGACCUGGGCAAAAGCGACAUCAAGACUGUGGCGGUGAAAGACAAUGAGGUGGUUUACUCGAAAGAGACUGAAUGGGACGUCACAAAUGUGGAUCCUGACUACCACUUCAAGGCAAUCGUCGACGCGCUGAAGUUGGCAAAGGAGAAGCUGCCGAAGGUCCAGGCCAUAGGUGGCAGCGCGACAGGGACAGUUGGUGCAAACAAUGAGGCUACCUGGUGCGACAUCUUCCCCAAUGUUCCACCGCCGGUCUACAAGGCCAAAGUGGUGGACAUCUUCCAGCGGAUCUCAAAAGAGUUGGCUGGUGAUGUGCCCCUGAAGGUCAUCAACGAUGGUGAGGUAACUGCCCUGGCUGCUGUACAGAAGUUGGGCGGCAAGGGCAACGUGAUGGGCAUCUCGAUGGGCUCUAGCGAAGGUGGCGGCUACGCAAACGCUGAUGGCAACCUGAUGGGGUGGAUCAAUGAGCUGUGCUACGUGAAGCUGGACUUGAAUCCAGAGGCGCCCACCGACCCUUGGACGAAGGGCGCCCACACCGGCGUCUCCCACAUGUACCUUGGUCAGCGGGGUGCGACAAAGUUAGCAGCCAAGGCCGGCGUCAAGGUGCCGCCAAACUACGUCUAUCCGCAUCCUGACAUGUGCACCAUCAAGCAUGAAGAUCAUGCUCAGUGCCUGAAGCUGAUCCAGAAGGCCAUGGAGGAUCCCUCCGUGCGACCUCAGGUGGAGAAGCUCUAUAGGACCAUUGGCGUGUACCUGGGAUACGCUCUGGCUCAGUACAGCGAGUUCUACAAGAUCGAUCACGUGAUGAUUUUGGGCAGAGUAAGCAAAGGAGCAGGUGGCGACAUCAUGCUCAACACCGCAAAGGAGGUUCUUCAAACGGAGUUCCCCGAGUUUGCUGGAAUUCAAUUCCAUACCGCAGACGAUCACUUCAAGGCGGGAUCCUUAUGUCCUCGGGACCGGAAUCCUGUACAUCGGGUCAUUUUAGGCAUAUGGUGGCUUUGCAGCUGGUGUUUGUGUUCUUCAGCUGUUCUUUUUACAUGGCAGGCUUGA